GGCACCUUCUGCCUGCAUUUCCCAGGCUUGCUGGUUGGCCGCUGGGGGGAGGGGAGAAGGGGUGGCAGCCGUGGCGGUAGUUGGCUCUGCCUCGACGGUGACUGCUGUUGACACUGUUCUCUGUGCGGAUGGAGAUAAAGCCGGUUACUCCAGAUUCUAAUCAGAGCGAACAGGAGAGGAGCUGGCGCUGCUUCAGUGGCGAGGAUGGGUGAUCAGUUCCAGCCGGUGGUAGGAAGAGACACUGGCCCCAGCCUGAGGGCGGCACAGCCCACCCCAGGACCCUCCUAGCAGGAGGGCAGAAACACAAGCCAACCUCGGUAGUCUCCGGCGUGAGAGGGGAACAUGAUCAAGCCCAGAGCAGCCGCCGGUCGGAGGGGGCAGACGUGGCCCCGGUAGCCUCUGGAGACCCUCUUCCGAGGCAAGGGGCCACAGUCCUGCCAUUGGGACCACUAAAGAGGAUUUCUACAAACCAAGGUCGAGAACCUUUUGGUGGGGACGCGGCCCACCCCGCGCGGGGGAGGGAGCGCAGCCAUCACCCCUCGUCCUCACUCAGCAACACCUGGCGCCGCGCCGGGCGAAGGCUGGCAGGCGUCUCCCGAUCCGCAGGUGGGCUCCGCGUGCCCCAAGGCGCAGGCAUGGGUGCGCGGGGCCACAGCCCGGCGCCCUUUGCAGCCGGCCACCCCUCCCCUUCCCCGGGGGCUUUUGCACACGACGCGCCCGGGCUGCUUCACACGGGGUGGCGAGGCCCGGAUAAAGUCGGCGGCCGCGGGGCUCAGCGGCGGACCUGAGACGUGGGGGCAAUAGGCGCGCGGAGCCAGAGCCGGAGCAGCAGCCGCAACGGCAGCCGGGGGACCGCAGGGGCCGGGUCGGAGUAAGCGCAGCUCGCGGGUGAGCGCCACCCGGAGUCCCGCGCCCAACUUCCAGGGCGCACUCGGCGGGCGGCUGCGGCGCUGCCGGGACCCGGCGCGGGGCAGCAUGGAGGCCACGGAGAAGCAGCAUCUGUUGGACGCCAGGCCCGCAGUCCGGACAUACACGGGAUCUCUGUGGCAGGACGGGGCUGGCUGGAUCCCUCUGCCCCGACCUGGUCUGGACUUGCAGGCCAUUGAGCUGGCUGUAGAGAACAAUCAUUACUGCCAUGCUCAGAAGGGUCUUAGCAGUGACUGUGACCCCAAGAAGGGGCAGGCCCGGCGCCAGCUCUAUGUAGCCUCUGCCAUCUGCCUGGUGUUCAUGAUUGGAGAAGUCAUAGGUGGGUACCUGGCACACAGCUUGGCUGUCAUGACUGACGCAGCGCACCUGCUCACUGACUUUGCCAGCAUGCUCAUCAGCCUCUUCUCCCUCUGGAUGUCCUCCCGGCCAGCCACCAAGACCAUGAACUUUGGCUGGCAGAGAGCUGAGAUCCUGGGAGCCCUGCUCUCUGUGCUGUCCAUCUGGGUGGUGACCGGGGUACUGGUGUACCUGGCUGUGGAGCGGCUGAUCUCUGGGAACUAUGAGAUUAACGGGGGGACCAUGCUGAUCACGUCGGGCUGCGCUGUGGCUGUGAACAUCAUAAUGGGGUUGACCCUUCAUCAGUCUGGCCACGGGCACAGCCACAACACCAGCCAGCAGCAAGAGAAUCCCAGCGUCCGAGCUGCCUUCAUCCAUGUGAUCGGGGACUUUCUGCAGAGCAUGGGAGUCCUAGUAGCAGCUUAUAUUUUGUACUUCAAGCCAGAAUACAAGUAUGUAGACCCCAUCUGCACCUUCCUCUUCUCCAUCCUGGUCCUGGGGACAACCUUGACCAUCCUGAGAGAUGUGAUCGUGGUGUUGAUGGAAGGGACCCCCAAGGGCGUGGACUUCACAGCUGUGCGUGAUCUGCUGCUGUCGGUGGAGGGGGUGGAAGCCCUGCACAGCCUGCAUAUCUGGGCCCUGACCGUGGCCCAGCCUGUUCUGUCUGUCCACAUCGCCAUUGCUCAGAAUACAGAUGCCCAGGCCGUGCUGAAAACAGCCAGCAGCCGCCUCCAGGGGAAGUUCCACUUCCACACCGUGACCAUCCAGAUCGAGGACUACUCGGAGGACAUGAAGGACUGUCAGGCAUGCCAGGGCCCCUCGGACUGACUGCCUGGCCAGCUGCCAACUGGGGCCUGGACAGGACCUGCAGGUGGCUGGACUGUGUCCCCCAGGCCCAGCCAGGACUUUGCCUACCCCAGCUGUGGUAUAAACCGGGCCCCCCUCCUGGCCUCUGCUUCAUGUUCAGUGCAGAGCCUUGCCCCACUUCAGGAAUGGAGCUCUUCCCUGCCUCCCCCACCUGACUACAGCCAGCGCCAGGGUGGAGAGUCAGCAGGUACGCAGCUAGUGUGACCCUGCCCCUCCAGCCCCUGGGCUAGGUCUGGAAAGGCUGUGUUUGGGCCUAAUCCUCAGCAGAUGUCGCCCUACCACUCGCAGGGACAAAGGCAGUGAGCCACGGGACAUCCAAGGGGAGGCUGGCCCCAGUGCACCCCUACGGCCUGCCUUGUGCCCCAUUUCAGCCUGGCUGGCCUUUGCCUUUAUGACUCUGAGCCCUUUCCUCUGCCUUUAGCAAUAGGGUUUAAGGAGGUCACCGAGGUAAGGACCCCAAACUCUCAUUCCAGCCCCCUGAGGCAGGGAGCCGGGAGGCAUCUGAGGCUUGUCUGUGCCUUAGUCACCUCAGCUAUGAGCCAAAUGUCCCCUUUCCUGGAGAGGAGAGGCUUCUUCCUAGGUAAGGGACUGGUUUCCUCUUUCCUUAUUCCCUCAGCUGUGCCAAUACAAAAAAGAGCCUUGGCACAGAUGGUGGGGGGAGCGUACAGAGAUUUCUUGGGUUCUGCAUUAACAGCCUGUAAGCCCUCUGGCACUUCUGUGGCCCUGAGAGUGUCCCCAGGGAUUCCAAGCCUCCAGAAAGAUACAGCUGGGCCAGCUCUGCUGUCUACCUGGCCUGACCCAGUCGGAGCCGGGGUGUGGAGGAGGGAGACGGAGCGAAGUGGGGCUACCCUCGGCCCAGAGGCCAGCUAGGAGGGAGACCACGGCUUCCUGGGGCUCGUGUGUGAAGAUUCCCAACAGGGGUGGCUUGUGUUUACAAGACGCAAGCGGGAGACCUGUCCCCAACUCAUCAAGACAACUUACUCAGUUAUCAGGGAGUCCUGUGUCACAGGGUCUGUCUCUGCCACUGUAAGCAAGUGCCCUGGGCAAGUUGGCCUCGCCCCAUCAUCUCAGUGAAUGCCUCCCUCACAGGGUUGAGAACAAAAGCCCGGUGGCCAAG